AUGAUGAAAAAUGAUAUCGACACUCUGCUCAAAGCUGAGGAGGAGAAAGAGCAAGGAAAUGCUUUAUUUAAAAAGGGUGAAUAUGAGCUCUCUAUUUUUCACUAUACGAGGAGCAUAAACUACUCACCGGAGUCGUCUAUCCUGUAUACCAACAGAUCAUUGGCAUACUUUAAAAUAGGUCGUUAUGAUAAGAGCUUAGAAGAUGCACUGAAGGCAAGAAAAUUGGAUGAAGACAACCUGAAGAGUUACUACAGGAUAUGUGAAGCAUAUAACGCCUUGAACGAUGUGGAUAAUUACAAGAAGUAUUUGCAUAUGUAUAAUGAGAAAAGGAUUAUGAAGGGGAUGAACGCCAAAAGAAUAGACACAAACGCAGAAGCAAAGGCACAUGCGCAGGAUAACAUGCAGCAAACACACAACAGCAAGAAACAUUACCGUAUGUACGUUGAACAAAGCAAUCUACCCGAUAUAACAAGUGCAAAAAAGGAGGUAGAUACAAAUUCUAACAAAACAAAAGAGAAAGAUAUCAAGGUAAGCAAGGAACUGAUGGACCUGUGCUCUAAAAAUGAAAAAGAAAAAUUCUUGUUUUUUAAUAAUAACAAUGAAAUAAAAGAGAAGGAAAAAAAUAUAUUAUUUGAAAAAGAGAAAUAUAAAAACAAUUUCUUAAUUGAAGAAGUAUAUGAUUUUAAAGAGAAGGAGCAAAAUUACAAUGUUCUGAACAAUCAGAUGAAGAACAACAAAAAGGAUAUGACUCAAGAUAAAUUUCGUGUACAUUAUAAUGAUAUAUGUAAUGAUAUAAAACUUUUUUUUAUUCAUUUUAAAGAUUUAUUUAUGUCCAAUAGUUUUUAUCUACCUGUCUUUAUUCAAAAGGAGCUCAAAAAAACUAAAAUUAAUUUUACUAACUCCAGCAUGAGUUUUUUAAAAUAUAGAGCAGAUACUCUCUUUUCCGAAAAGAAGUUCUACUCAGCUGUGGAGUUGUACAACGAGAUAGCCAGACGAUGCGAAAGUGAGAAAAAUGUUUAUUACUGCACCGUCCUAAGCAACAGAAGCGCGUGCUUCAUCGAAAUGAAAAAAGUCGUAAGUGCACUCUGUGAUAUAAGCAGAUCGCUAUAUUUGCUUUAUGACUUUUUUGAAAAACAUAAAGAAAACAUAAAUAACAUAAAAAAAGAAUUAUCAUCAUUUGAAGAAGGGGAAAUAGAGGCACUGUUUUGCUCAACAGAUAUAGAUGCUUAUAAAGACUCCAAGAACAUUUAUUUGCAGGCACAUAAAUUAUUAAUUAAGCUAUUAUAUAGAUAUAUAAAGUUCGUUCACCUACACAGAAAAAGAUUUAGACUUCCAUCCCUAUCCCAAAUAGAUGCACUGAUCAAAAUGAAAGGAGCGUGUUACAUAGACCUUAGGGAGCUAGAACGGUUGAAGAAUUCUUUUUAUUCAAAACUAUAA